AUGUCGGAUGAUUGUGGAGAAUACCCAACAAAGAACGCCAGCACCACAGUUCUUUGGUCGAAGAGCUUGUUAAGAUAUUUGAAGAUGUAUACCUCAAUGAAGAAGAUCUCUAAGGAUAAGGAUGUUGAACCUACUGAAUUUGAGCAGAGUGUUGCCCAGGCGUUGUUUGACUUGGAGAAUACACACCAAGAGCUCAAAAGUGACUUGAAGGAUCUGUACAUCAACUCAGCAAGCCAAAUUGAUGUUGCCAACAACAAAAAGGCAGUUGUGAUCCAUGUGCCAUAUAGAUUGACAAAACAAUUCCGCAAGAUCCACCCUAAACUUGUGAGGGAACUUGAGAAGAAGUUCAGUGGAAAGGAUGUGGUUUUCAUUGCUACAAGAAGGAUUGUGAGGCCACCAAAGAAAGGUUCUGCAGCUCAGAGACCUCGUUCCCGCACUCUUACUACUGUACAUGAAGCCAUGCUUGAAGAUAUUGUCCAUCCUGCUGAAAUUGUAGGGAAACGCAUCAGAUACAGGCUUGAUGGAUCUAAAAUCAUCAAGAUUUAUUUGGACCCAAAGGCUCGCAAUGACACUGAAUACAAAUUGGAGACGUUUGCUGGAGUAUACAGGAAGCUUUCUGGGAAAGAUGUAGUCUUUGAAUACCCUGUCACAAAAGCUUAAAGUUAAAUCUAUUAUUUUAAAAUAUCAUGGUGUCAUAGUCCAAUUACUGGAAAUUGUUGAAAUUUUCACCUUUUUUGUGAAGCAAGGAAACCUAAGAUUGGCUCGCUUUUUUGGAAUUUAUUUUUGAAAUCAUGGUGAUUUUAUUGCUAUUUAUGUUAUUUUUUGUUAUAGCUGG